AUGGACAAGAGGAUUUCCAAACAGUCGGUCAGUCGUAAAAGCAACACCAAAAGUCCGAUCCACAGAGACAGUAAGAAGGGAAAUGAACAAGAUGGCAGUGUUGAUGAUUUGCAGAGUGCAUUAAGCAGUGCUGUGCAAAAUGGACAACUUGACCUCAUCCAAGAACUGAUCGGUAGAGGAGCCGAGGUGAAUAAAGUUGAUAAUAACGGUUUUACUGCAUUACAGCGAGCUUCAGAGGAACUAAUCAGUCAAUGUGCUGAAGUGAGUAAAGUUGAUAAGGAGGGUUGGACCCCAUUACUUUCAGCUGCAUCUAAUGGUCAUCUUGAUGUCACCAAAUGUCUGAUUAGUCAGGGAGCUGCAGUAAAUGAGAGCAGCAAUGAUGGUAGGACCCCAUUACGACUAGCUGCAUAUAAAGGCCAUCUUGAUGUCAUCAAAUAUCUCAUCAGUCAAGGAGCUGAAGUGAGUAAAGAUGAUAAGAAGGGUUGGACCCCAUUACUUUCAGCUGCAUCUAAUGGUCAUCUAGAUGUCACCAAAUGUCUGAUUAGUCAGGGAGCUGCAGUAAAUGAGAGUAGCAAUAAUGGUAGGACCACCGAAUGUCUGAUUAGUCAAGGAGCUGAAGUGAGUAAAGAUGAUAAGGAGGGUUGCACCCCAUUACUUUCAGCUGCAUCUAAUGGUCAUCUUGAUGUCACCAAAUGUCUGAUUAGUGAGGGAGCUGCAGUAAAUGAGAGGAGCAAUAAUGGUAGGACCCCAUUACAACUAGAUGCACAGACUGCAUCUAAUGGUCAUCUAGAUGUCACCAAAUGUCUGAUUAGUCAGGGAGCUGCAGUAAAUGAGAGCAGCAAUGAUGGUAGGACCCCAUUACACGUUGCUGCACAGAGUGGUCAUCUCGAUGUCACCAAAUAUCUGAUGAGUCAAGGAGCUGAAGUAAAUAAAGAUGAUAAUGAGGGUCGGACCCCAUUAAAACUAGCUGCACAGAGUGGUCAUCUUGAUGUCAUCAAAUAUCUCAUCAGUCAAGGAGCUGACGUGAGUAAAAAUGAUAAGAAGGGUAGGACCCCAUUACUUUCAGCUGCAUCUAAUGGUCAUUUAGAUGUCACCAAAUGUCUGAUUAGUCAGGGAGCUGCAGUAAAUGAGAGCAGCAAUGAUGCUGCAUCUAAUGGUCAUCUAGAUGUCACCAAAUGUCUGAUUAGUCCGGGAGCUGCAGUAAAUGAGAGCAGCAAUGAUGGUAGGACCCCAUUCCACGUUGCUGCACAGAGUGGUCAUCUUGAUGUCACCAAAUAUCUGAUGUGUCAAGGAGCUGAAGUGAAUAAAGAUGAUAAUGAGGGUCGGACCCCAUUAAAACUAGCUGCACAGAGUGGUCAUCUUGAUGUCAUCAAAUAUCUCAUCAGUCAAGGAGCUGAAGUGAGUAAAAAUGAUAAGGAGGGUUGGACCCCAUUACUUUCAGCUGCAUCUAAUGGUCAUCUUGAUGUCACCAAAUGUCUGAUUAGUCAGGGAGCUGCAGUAAAUGAGAGCAGCAAUGAUGGUAGGACCCCAUUACGACUAGCUGCAUCUAAAGGCCAUCUUGAUGUCAUCAAAUAUCUCAUCAGUCAAGGAGCUGAAGUGAGUAAAGAUGAUAAGAAGGGUCGGACCCCAUUAAAACUAGCUGCACAGAGUGGUCAUCUUGAUGUCAUCAAAUAUCUCAUCAGUCAAGGAGCUGAAGUGAGUAAAGAUGAUAAGGAGGGUUGGACCCCAUUACUUUCAGCUGCAUCUAAUGGUCAUCUUGAUGUCACCAAAUGUCUGAUUAGUCAAGGGGCUGAAGUGAGUAAAGAUGAUAAGGAGGGUUGCACCCCAUUACUUUCAGCUGCAUCUAAUGGUCAUCUUGAUGUCACCAAAUGUCUGAUUAGUGAGGGAGCUGCAGGAGCUGCAGUAAAUGAGAGCAGCAAUGAUGGUAGGACCCCAUUACGACUAGCUGCAUCUAAUGGCCAUCUUGAUGUCAUCAAAUAUCUCAUCAGUCAAGGAGCUGAAGUGAGUAAAGAUAAUAAGAAGGGUUGGACCCCAUUACUUUCAGCUGCAUCUAAUGGUCAUCUAGAUGUCACCAAAUAUCUGAUUAGUCCGGGAGCUGCAGUAAAUGAGAGCAGCAAUGAUGGUAGGACCCCAUUCCACGUUGCUGCACAGAGUGGUCAUCUUGAUGUCACCAAAUAUCUGAUGAGUCAAGGAGCUGAAGUGAAUAAAGAUGAUAAUGAGGCUGCAUCUAAUGGUCAUCUUGUUGUCACCAAAUGUCUGAUUAGUCAGGGAGCUGCAGUAAAUGAGAGCAGCAAUGAUGGUAGGACCCCAUUACGACUAGCUGCAUCUAAAGGCCAUCUUGAUAUCAUCAAAUAUCUCAUCAGUCAAGGAGCUGAAGUGAGUAAAGAUGAUAAGGAGGGUUGGACCCCAUUACUUUCAGCUGCAUCUAAUGGUCAUCUUGAUGUCACCAAAUGUCUGAUUAGUCAGGGAGCUGCAGUAAAUGAGAGCAGCAAUGAUGGUAGGACCCCAUUACGACUAGCUGCAUCUAAAGGCCAUAUUGAUGUCAUCAACUAUCUCAUCAGUCAAGGAGCUGAAGUGAGUAAAGAUGAUAAGAAGGGUCGGACCCCAUUACUUUCAGCUGCAUCUAAUGGUUAUCUUGUUGUCACCAAAUGUCUGAUUAGUCAGGGAGCUGCAGUAAAUGAGAGCAGCAAUGAUGGUAGGACCCCAUUACGACUAGCUGCAUCUAAAGGCCAUCUUGAUGUCAUCAAAUAUCUCAUCAGUCAAGGAGCUGAAGUGAGUAAAAAUGAUGAGGAGGGUUGGACCCCAUUACUUUCAGCUGCAUCUAAUGGUCAUCUUGUUGUCACCAAAUGUCUGAUUAGUCAGGGAGCUGCAGUAAAUGAGAGCAGCAAUGAUGGUAGGACCCCAUUACGACUAGCUGCAUCUAAAGGCCAUCUUGAUGUCAUCAAAUAUCUCAUCAGUCAAGGAGCUGAAGUGAGUAAAGAUGAUAAGAAGGGUUGGACCCCAUUACUUUCAGCUGCAUCUAAUGGUCAUCUAGAUGUCACCAAAUGUCUGAUUAGUCAGGGAGCUGCAGUAAAUGAGAGCAGCAAUGAUGGUAGGACCCCAUUACACGUUGCUGCACAGAGUGGUCAUCUUGAUGUCACCAAAUAUCUGAUGAGUCAAGGAGCUGAAGUGAAUAAAGAUGAUAAUGAGGGUCGGACCCCAUUACAACUAGCUGCACAGAGUGGUCAUCUUGAUGUCAUCAAAUAUCUCAUCAGUCAAGGAGCUGAAGUGAGUAAAGAUGAUAAGGAGGGUUGGACCUCAUUACUUUCAGCUGCAUCUAAUGGUCAUCUUGAUGUCACCAAAUGUCUGAUUAGUCAAGGAUCUGAAGUGAGUAAAGAUGAUAAGGAGGGUUGCACCCCAUUACUUUCAGCUGCAUCUAAUGGUCAUCUUGAUGUUACCAAAUGUCUGAUUAGUCCGGGAGCUGCAGUAAAUGAGAGUAGCAAUAAUGCUGCAUCUAAUGGUCAUCUAGAUGUCACCAAAUGUCUGAUUAGUCAGGGAGCUGCAGUAAAUGAGAGCAGCAAUGAUGGUAGGACCCCAUUACACGUUGCUGCACAGAGUGGUCAUCUUGAUGUCACCAAAUAUCUGAUUAGUCAAGAAGCUGAAGUGAAUAAAGAUGAUAAUGAUGGUUGGACCCCAUUACAUUCAGCUGCACAGAAUUGUCAUUUUGAUGUCACCAAAUAUCUGAUAAGUCAAGAAGCUGAAGUGAAUAAAGAUGAUAAUGAUGGUAGGACCCCAUUACAUUCAGCUGCACAGAAUGGUCAUCUUGAUGUGACCAAAUAUCUAAUCAGUCAAUGUGCUGACUUUAAAAAGACCGAUCAUGAUGGCUGGACUGCAUUACAUUCAGCUGCUGCUGAAGGACAUCUUGAUGUUGCCACAGAAUUAAUCAGUCAAGGAGCUGAUGUUGAUAAGGCUAGUAACAAAGGAUGGUCAGCCUUAUACCUUGCCGCAGCUGCUGGUCACGUACGUGUUUCAAGUGCUUUGCUUAGUCAGCAAGCUGAGCUUGCCAAAGAAAAUAUAAUUCAUUGGACGGAGUUUCAUACCGCUGCAGAGAGGGGCGAUCUUGAUGCCAUGAAAGAUCAAGUCAGUCAAGGAGCCGAGCUGAAUAAAGCUGGUUCUUUUGGUUGGACAGCCUUACAACUUGCAGCAAGUAACGGACACCUUGAUAUGAUCAAAUAUUUGCUAAGUCAAGGAGCUGAUGUGAAUCCUAGCAAUGACUUUGGUAGGUGUGCCUUGUAUAAUGCCUCAAAGAAAGGGAACUUGGAUGUCGUGGAAUAUCUGAUCGGUGAAGGGGCCGAUAUGAAUAAAAGAGAUGACCUUGGAUUGACUUCCCUUCAUUUUGCAUCACUUUUUGGCCAUUUAGAUAUCGUCAAAUCCCUAAUCAGUCAUGGAGUGGAGGCAGAUAUUGGCAGCGCAGUUGGAACCACUGCUCUCCAUUAUGCUUUAUGUAAUCGUCAGAUCGACAUUACCAAGUAUCUGCUCAGCCAAGGCUGUAAACUGAAUAAGAGAAGCGUGUGGCACUCUGUUAUCUUUCAAUUUGAUGGACAGUAUGGUCACUAUGAUGGUGUGCGAUGUGUGCAUAGUCGUGUAGUUCAAUCAGUUAGCAGACUAAUAGAUUCUCUCACUGUCUUUAGAGGUGCUACAGAAAGUGAUCUUGGUAGAAUCAAAUAUCAAGAAGGCGAUGAGAAAAAGACAGUUCAAGGUGGAAUGGUUAUUGUGCAUCGGCCAAGUAUAUUGUCUGAUCUUGACAUUCAAGAUCUUCUUGCAAGUCAAGGAGGCAGAACAGUUAGUCGCACAUCAUUACAAUAUGCUGUAGAAGGUGGCAGUUUAGCAGUUGUUCGGUAUCUGGUCAGUCAAGGAGCUGAAGUGAACGAAAGCAACAAUGCUGGCUGGACUGCCCUUCAUUUAGCUGCGCAAAUGGGUCAUCUUGGUAUUGUAGAUUAUCUACUUGAACAAGGAGCUGAAGUAGCUAAUGGGGAUGUUGAUGGUAUCUCUCCUUUGCAUGUUGCUGCAUUCAUUGGCCGUUGCGGCGUUAUCGAGCAUUUGCUUAGGCGAGGAGCAGAGGUCAACGGAGCCACCAAGGAGAAAGGUUCUACAGCCCUACAUGUGGGCGUGCAGAAUGGUCAUCUCGAUAUCACGAAAGGCUUGCUCAACCACGGAUCCGAAAUUGAUGCGACAGACAAUGACGGUUGGACUCCCUUGCACAUUGCUGCUCAGAACGGUCACAUCGAUGUCAUGAAGUGUCUACUUCAGCAACAUGCUGAUGUUACCAGGGUUACCAAGAAGGGAUCAUCUGCAUUGCAUUUUUCUGCUGCAAAUGGACAUACCGAUAUCACACGAUAUCUAUUGGAGCACGGAGCUGAAGUCAAUCUGAGUAAACCUGGGAAGACUGCGUUGCAACCCGCAGCAGAGGGUUUAACAGAAGAUGAGAAGAAGGUUGUUGGACAACAUACUGAGAAAGGCUGCACACCAGUUCAUUUAGCCACGCAAAAUGGCUACACAGCCAUCAUCGAGACAUUAGUUUCUCAUGGCGCCGAUCUCAACAUCCAGUCCAUAGACGGACAGACCUGUCUUCACGAAGCCGUCAUACUUUCUGGUCGGAAGAACAGCAGGGUUGAAGCAACACCAGCACUCCAAAAGAUCUCAGAAGAGUUCUAUCAGAAUGAAUUAUCUCCCAAGAAGGCCCUGGUCUUCUAUCUCUUGGAGCAUGGAGCAAAGCCGGACAUCAAGGAUAACCAAGGCAACCUACCAGUCCACUAUGCCAAGGAUGAAAUCAUUCGCCAGAUGAUAUUCUCAAGGUCUCCUGCCAUGGACAUCAUCAGAGCUUAUCGAGGUAACACUUUCUGA